CGUCUACGCAGUUGCAAAAGCUUGUUCGUUUCUUCCUCCUCCUUUGUUUGGAGGUCCAGUUCAAUUCAGUUCAAUCCUUUUUCUCUUCUCUGCUCAGAAACACCAGCAGAAAUUAUGACGAUCCGGUUCCUCGUCAAUUUUGGCCUUUUGGCCCUUCCUAUCGCCAUCACGCUGGGUGUGUUGAUCGGUCUUAACAGUUCCCGUGAAGCAUCGGGUGGACCGCCUUUGUUCAAGCCAGAUCCGAAACCGACAGCACCAAAGAAGAAGAAUGGCAUUACGACGGAACAACAUUGCCAAAAGUCUUAUGGUGUACAUCCUGAUACCAAGGGCCAAGAAUAUACACUCAAUCCUAAUCAGUGGGGUUGGAACGAAGGCGAUGACGGAGGUUUAUGUUUAUAUGUCGACAUCAACAACAAUGAAACGUACGCAACAAAAACAACCGCUCCUCGAUGGUCCGUAGUAUGGGAAUACCCUCAAGGCCCCGAAACCGCUCCUGUCCACGCCUUCCCCAACAUCAAAGUCGACGGCUCCGUGUUCCCCGCCAAGCUCAACACUAUUGACAAGAUCGAGAUCGACUUCGAAUGGACAUACGCUCUUGGCAACGGUUCCGCAAAAGGCGCUACACAAGCUACAAAGACAGAUCUCGCCGCAAUGAAGAAGAACCUACUAAAUGCCAACGUCGCGAUGGAUAUGUUUAUGGACAGCGAUCAGAAGAAGGCGCAGGACAGUGAGGAUGCGUCGCACGAAAUCAUGGUGUGGUUUGCUGCCAUUGGACCUGCGACACAACCUCUAGGCUUCAACGUUGAUGGAUCAAACCCCCUGGCGACAAAGACUCUCCACGGUACAGAAUUGUAAGUCAAGCUUUCUCGCGCAGGGAUUAUGCAUGCGAUGCUAAUCGGAUCAGCAAACUCUACUACGAUACCAACCAGGCCAAGCAAAAAGUCUUGACAUGGUACGUCGACGAGCCCACCGAAAAGUUUGAUGGUGAUCUCUGGCCAUUGAUCGAGGAGAUCCUCUCCAUGGAUAACGCGAAUUACCCCUCGUCAUCCGAUUACAUUGGUUACAUGUCCUGGGGAACAGAAGCUUACUCGGCCAACACGACGGUAACAUUCGACGUCCCCAGCUUGUCGAUAAACGUGGAGAAGAAGGCCUAAACCGUUAGAUAAAGCCUUCUCGCUUUUUUUUUUUUUGCAUAUAUACGAACAACCUAUAGAUUAAUGAGCGGCGUUUGUCUUAAUUGAAGAUAUAUUUUUUGUUUAUGAUCAAAUACGCCAUGUUGUUUUACGCGGGGCAUGCAUAUCCCUUUGGAGGCAGGAUAAAUUACAGAAAACGCCGUGGCUUGUGCUGGGGAGGGCUAGAGGGUGGUGCGGAAGCUAUUGCAUGCGCUAUUUGGACAAUGUUCGUAUUUUUUGCAGGUUGUCUUGUUUCUUUUUCUUUUUCUGGAGCUGUUAUUGAUGAUCUAGUCUGUAGGCGGAAACUUCCAGGGCGAGCGGGGCGUGAGGGUGUGAGCUUAGUGAGGAUGCUGAUCAGUGCAUCUGAGUUGGUGAUGAACUCGGUAUUGUCGGGUGAACCGGGACGAGGGAUGUCUUUAUUGGGAGAUCUCCUCUCUUCAUGCUUUUGGUCAUGGUCAUCUUUUCUUUAACGAGAAUUACCAUCAGAUUGUUGUUCAAUUGCUCGAGCAGAUGAUGAUGGGCUCGUAUGGAAAGACGUCCAUGGCCAACACGAGAUAACAAACCAGGGUGCAGAGUUACAGAUGACCCGUGCACUGCCGGUCCAGCAUCAGUGACAAACGAAGAGGGGCUGGUUCCCAGAAAUACAUCCUUGCAAUUGGUGUCUGCCCUGCAAACCCUGCCGUCGUCAGCUGGCAUGGGAUGAACCAAAGGAACCGUAUCAUUCUUUGGACGCCUCAGCAUUUAAUAGCAGAACCACGUUCUCCGUAUUGAUCAGGAGCUUUUCAAAAGGGGGAACUCAAUUCAGCAUUAAACAGAGCUUUGGAAGUAAUGAUUAGCUUGCAUUAAAAAAUUACCCGUCAGAGUGCUUCCCCCCUCACCCAUCACCGCACUAAUAAGCGCCACUUGAUGACAUGUUCAGGUUGCAGCGCGGGAGGUGUUGUACACAAGACGACAGGUCACUGAAGUAACAAUGACAGACGCCAACAUGAUACGUGAACACGUAAAAACUCACAUGGGUGCUGUUAUCCCUUCUAGCGUUUUGCUUUGCCGAUCGGAUCAGUAAGCGGAGUGGUCUGAUGCGAAAAACACGAAGUUGAGCGGAGAGACCGUUGUCUCAAAGCUCGGACAUCGAGCCAAACUCAUGAUGGA